AUGUCUAAGCUUUUAAUCAACCUAAUUUUGGGAAUAACUCUAUGUAUUGUAACUUCUCUAAAUUCUGGAAAUUUGUCUAAUUCUAGUGAUUUAUCGGCUUGUUCAUUCAUUAAGUUGGAUACUGAAGGAAUGUCAAAUAAUUCAGGUAAUGAAAAUCCUCUACUCCAACGACUUUUGCAACUUCAAGAUGAAUAUCUACAACAUUGUCAACAUAGUCAUGGACAUUUAACAAAGAGAUGUUUAAGUCUUCAAGCUAGAAUAGAGAAUUUAGAAAAACAAUUAACUAAUACAAGAUAA